AUGGCGCAAAGAGUCGUCACCGUCUGCCGCGCACGAGUCCUCCUCUUAGCGUUCCUUCUUGUCCACCUGCUCGCCCUUCCUUAUCUCGCCGUGAGCGCGCAAGAAGCGGGCAAUUUACCAGACGCCCCAUGCGACGCGGACAUCAGUCAAACCGCGCACUUCUGGUGGCCGUGGAGUACCACCCCACGCAAGUUUACCGCUCGGCGAUUGGUCGAAACACCCUCUGCUGAGCCAACAGCCACCGCCGGCAGAAUGCUCGCGACGAAGGAGACCUCGACAUUGCCGAGUAGACUGCCGGAUAUGCCAUCGCCCACUCCCACUGUAACCACGUCAGCCACCUCUUCGCCGUCUGCGAAGAAGAGCAAAGCGCCCAAAGGCAGCGUCAGCACAGGCGUCAUGCCGCCCGAAUCCUCUAAAAAGCCCACCCCCGCAAAUCCCAAGCACACCUCGCCAUCACCAAAGAAACCCGCCCCCUCCCCCAAGACCCCCGCGCCAGCUCCUGGGGGAAAGUCGCCCGUUCCGAGCGGGAAAACUCCGUCGACGAAGACCCCUUCGCCUUCGCCGAAGGGCGGUGGCACUCCCCCCGAGAAAAACCCUCCCGCCACACCGAAGCCCUCUCAGGGCAGCCCUAACAUCCGUAAGUCCCCGCCUUCGACGCCGUCCCCACCCAAGAACACCAGCGCUUCCGGUCAGAAACCUCCCGCCUCACCCACCUCCCCUCCCGUAAGCCCCCCCCCACCUUCCCCCAAGCCCACGCCCCCGCCAAAACCGCGCCCGACGAAGCGGCGCGACGCGAACGAGACGGCCCCGACGGGGCCGAGCAACGCGGUGGGAUCAGCCGACUGCCAGUACCAAGCCGCGAAGGAGCUCGCGUCGUGCGCCAUGGGGUUCGCGCAGACGGCGGGCGUGAAAGGCGGUCAGGCGCUGGAGGUGACGCGGUACAUCGUGGAGAACGAGUUCGACUCGCUGGACGGCUCGCAGAUGUCGGUGGGGUCGCUGCGCUGGGCGGUGACGUACCUGCGCGACGGCGCGUACAUUCGCUUCGCGCGCAGCAUGGAGAUCGUGCUGCAGGGGAACCUGUUCCUGCGGCCGCGCACGACGAUCGACGGGCAAGGCUUCCACGUGCGCAUCACCAACGGCAGCAUUGUGAUGCAGAACGUCAAUGACGUCAUCGUGCACAACAUCGAAGUGUCGGGGCAGCCGCGCGGCGAUCUGAUCCCGAUCUACAACAGCUCGCGCGUGUGGGUGGACCACUGCCGCCUCUUCGGCGGGCUCACGGGCACCGUCGACGUGGGCAAGGGCAGCACUGACGUCACCGUCUCCAACAACUACGUCAGCAGCUACGGGCAGACGAUGCAGCUGGGACUGUCCGACGUGGAGAACGCCGAUACGGCGAUGCGCGUCACGCUGUAUCGGAACUGGUUCAACGCGUCGGGCGCCAUGCAGCCGCUGUGCCGCAAGGGGUGGUGCCACGUGGCGAAUAACGUGUACUCCAGCUGGGGGUACUACGCGAUCGCGGCACGCAAAGGCGCCGUGAUCCGGUCUGAGAAGAAUUUCUUCCGGCCUGACCCGGCGGGCAGGCGAAAGGAAGUCACGCCGUACUGGAAAGGCAUGCCCCCGACGGACGGCAGCUACGAUCCGACGGUCACGAUCGUCUCGAUCGACGACUUCCUAGCAGGCAACGCGACGUUCUCGGACACGGCAUAUCGCGGCCCGACGCCGGUAUUCACGCCGCCGUACACGCUGACGUUUCCGAAGAGCACGCGCAUGCUGGAGACGUGGGUGCAGUUCAACGCGGGCCCGAAAUACGACGCGCUCCUAGAGCUCGAUCCGCCCAACCCGGCCUUCCUCCCCCCCGCGCCCUCGCCCCCUCCUUCUCCCGACUCCUCUGCCGGUAAUGGCACAGCCGGCAACGGCACUGCUGGCAACGCCACCGCGGGCAACGCCACCGCCGGCAACGGCACCGCCGGCAACAGUACCGCGGGGAACGGCACUGUGGCUUCGCCUCCCCCUCCCCCACCGCCGCCUCCCCCGCCGCCCGAAUCCCCCGACUGCCAGUACGCUCAGAACGCGAGCGGGGCGGAUGGGCUGGCGGCAUGCGCCGUUGGGUUUGCGGCCGCGGCGUUGGCAAGCGGGAAUGGCAGCGCUGGCAACACGACCGACGGGAGCAGCGGUGAGCGACCGGUGUACGUGGUUACCCUGGACGAGGACUUCGCAGCGUCGUCGCGACAGGGCUCCCUGCGGUGGGGCAUCUCGAACUACGCGCGCACGGGCGCGGUGUUCCGCUUCGCGCGCGACAUGACGAUCCAGCUGGCGGCGCCGCUGUACGUGAAGUCGCAGACGACCAUCGACGCGCGCGGCAGGAGCGUGAAGCUGGUGGGGGACAGCCUGCUGGUGCAGCACUCGCGCGGCGUCAUCAUCCACAACAUCGAGAGUAAGCCCACGCGCUGCCGUCCUCGUCCCCUCAUCCACUUCAUUUCUCUGCCUUUUCCAUGCCUCCGUGACCAUUUGCUCCCCCUCCCCUUCACAUUCUUCCCUUUUUCUGAUUUCCAUGGUUAUUAUUCACAGCAGCAACUAAAACCGAGAAAAGUUAGAACCGUUGCUUCCAUGACCAACCUCUGCAGGUUGAUUCCAUAUUGGUCAUGCGUCGCUCCUAACCCCCCUUCCUCUCCCGCCUCUCUACACCCCAUGUGCGCAGUAUCCGGCAGCGUGCGCGCCCCAGCGCACAUAGCGCUGUACAACAGUACGGGCGUGUGGGUGGACCACUGCCGCUUCUCCAACACCUCCACCCUCUCCGGCGCCAUAGAGCUCGCGCGCAACAGCACAGGCGUCACCAUCUCCAACUGCCACUUCGCCUCCAACCAGCAAGGCUUUGCGCUGCACCUCGGCCAGUCUGACUCCGACAAUAUCAACGCCGGCAUGAACGUUACGGUGUACCGUAACUGGUUUGACAGGUCCGCGGCGCCCGCGCGGCAGCCCAUGUGCCGGCUGGGGCUGUGCCACGUGGCGAAUAAUCUCUACACGGGGUGGACGGGAGAUGCCAUGGAAGCACGUGUGGUGGCGCAGGUGCUUCUAGAGCAGAACCAGUUUCAGGCGGGUGCGGCGUCGCGACAAGUGGUGGCGAAUACCACGGCGCCGGUUCCUGGGCUGGUGGCAGCCGUGAAUAACACGCUGCUGCAGUGGACGGAUGGGGGGGGAGCGGUGGCUCCGGUGUCUGUCACUUGGGGCCCGGUGUAUGUGGCGGUGGAGGGGGGCGUGCAGGUGUUUGUUCCCCCGUAUGGCUUGGAUCUCAUGCUUUUGGAUGGCAACUUCACUGCGUUUGUGAAGGCCAAUGCUGGCCCUCACGCCAAGUAG